AUGCCGUGAUGCGAUUCAGUCAAGAUGGCCGCGCCGUUGCAAGUGUCAUAACACCUGGCUUGCUUUAUUCAUUGGAUAUAACCUGCUCAAUAACAUUUUGUGCACAAAUACUGACGUACAGAAUCGUCGCAUCGAUUGUUUGUUACUACAAAAUGUAUUAGUUCGUAGAGAAUACAUGUUAGAGGAAUUACACUAGGACGUGACAUUGCCAGUAGCCACCAUGACUGCUAGCUGAUUAGCUGGCUGGCUAACAAGUAGCCGGCAGAUCUACACAUUCAUUGAUUGUGUGAGACAAGUGUGCUACUUUAAUGAUUAGGUAAAUAGUUAUUACUUUACGGAAUUAAUUCUCAUAUUUGGACAGCUUGCCUUUAAGUUACGUGAAACGUUCUAUUACUGUAGUCUACUACAAGUUUGACUUGAAUCUCCUCACUAGCUAACCUUAGUUAUAACUCUAGUUACCUGUAGAACAAUGGCAGUAAUGUGGUCUCGACUUUCGUGCAUUGGUUUAAGAAGAGGAAUAAGGAGUAUCAGUCUAUUCUCCAACACGUCUCCUUCAAGUUGGACUAAGGUGGUCUCAGAUGCAGAGAAAAUAGUUGGAUAUCCGACUUCGUUUAUGAGCCUGCGCUGCUUACUCAGUGAUGAACUAAGUAAUGUGGCAAUGCACGUCAGAAAACUUGUUGGAACAAAGCAUCCACUUCUCAACACCGCAAGGGGCUUUGUGUACGACAGCAAAAACAACCUGCAGAUGCGGGGGCUGGUAGUGCUCCUCAUGUCCAAGGCGGCCGGCCCCAGCCGCAGCAUCCCUGACCCCCAGCUCCCGGACAUGGUCAGCGGCAUAUACCCCAGUCAGAGGAACCUUGCUGAGAUAACAGAGCUCAUUCAUACGGCCUUCUUGGUACACCGUGGGAUCGUCAACCUCAAGGACUGGACCAAUGCCGAUGGACCUCUCAAAGACAUGCAGUUCGGAAACAAAAUGGCGGUAUUGAGUGGAGACUUCCUUUUGGCCAAUGCUUGCACUGGACUGGCUCAGCUGAACAACACCAAGGUUGUGGAGGUGAUCUCCAGUGCCAUUGGUGACCUGGUGCAGGGCAUCUACACCGAGGGCUCGCACUCUGCCGAGGACUCCAGUAAUGCUGAUGUCUCCCUGGCCUCAUGGGAGGACCAGGCGUUCCUAUCCCACGGUGCUUUGCUGGCAAAGAGCUGCCAGGCAGCCAUGGAGUUGGCCAAGCACAACAUGGAUGCCCAGAUGCUGGCCUACCAGUACGGCAAGCACCUGUCCCUCGGCCACAAGCUGAACUCUGACCUGCAGCCGUUUGUGAAGAGCAGCGCAGCGGAGCCCCUUCCCUUCAGCAUGGACCUGGCUCCAGUGGUCUUCCACCGGCAAAUCGUGGGGCAGGAGAAGUGGCUCCAGCAGCUGCAACAGGCAAGAAGCAUAGGAAGACCUAUAGAUUACACUAAGCUGUGGUUAACAAUCAAAACCGAAAAAGGAGUGAGCCAAGCCAUGGACCUGUGCAGUUACCACGGAAACAAAGCUUUGGAGGCCAUCAGGCGCUUCCCUCCCUCAGAGGCGCGAUCCGCGCUAGAGAACAUCGCCUCUGCCGUCACCAAGAUCUGACCAAUACCUUUUCCACCGCAUUCCGGUGAAGAACAUUACCUCAACUGCCACAAUAUGUAUGCCACAACAUUCUCAUCUGUGACUUACAGCCUUUAUAGGAGCAGGUGUCUGUUAAACAGAUGGAUUUGGAACCAGGUGUGUCUCGAAAAAGCUGGCAUAUUCAAUGAAAUUCCAUGCAGAUGAGUCUUAUAUGCAGGAUAGAGUAAACCGCAGAAGAGGCACCGUUUGCUGCAGUAUGCAGUGUGCAUAGCUUCUCAUUUCAACUGAUUGGAUGAAAUCUAAUAUGAAGAUUGUAUUAUGUAUAUUUUAAAUGUCAAAUUUGAAGUUAGCGUUUCCGUUAUAAAUUAUAUAUUAAAUGCUUUAUGCAU